AUGGGCACCGAGAUUCCUUCGGAGAAUCCUAGAGAUUCCCCGACCAAAAGCCGCUCAACGUGCGUAGCGCACGAGAGCUUCUCGACAACUUCGCCAUGCCCAAACAGUGGUCCCCUUUCAGGAGUCAAGAUCUUGGACUUGACCCGCGUCCUAGCGGGACCCUUCUGUACUCAAAUUCUCGCAGACUACGGAGCGGAUGUUGUCAAAGUUGAGCAUCCACGUGGAGGAGACGACACUCGGCUUUGGCGGGAAGUAGGAGAGGAUAAGAUCUGGAAGUCGAGAGCGCCAGGCACAUCCAUCUACUUCAACACAGUCAAUCGGAACAAACGCUCCAUCUCUGUCAAUCUGAAGAAUGAAAAGGGCAGAGAGAUCAUCCUACAGCUAGCGCAUGAGGCUGAUGUGGUCGUGGAAAACUUCAUCCCUGGAAAGUUGGACAGGCUCGGGCUCGGAUAUCAGGCUUUGAAAGCGGCCAACCCGUCAAUUAUACUCGCCAGUAUUUCUGGAUAUGGGGCUGAUGGCCCAUACGCCACGCGUGCCGGAUACGACGUCGUCGGCGCCGCCGAAGGCGGUCUGCUCCAUGUCACCGGCGAAGCAGACGGACCGCCUACCAAGCCCGGCGUUGGACUGGUGGACAUGUGCACAGGCCUUUACCUACACGGGGCAAUCGUCUCUGCGCUGCUUGCACGCCAGAAGACGGGAGUCGGGCAGAAGCUCGAUACGUCACUCUUUGAGGCGACGGUGUCGAUACUGGCGAAUGUGGGCAUGUCGUGGGUCAACCUCGAGAAGGAGGCGCGAAGAUGGGGCACAGCACAUCCCGCCAUCGUCCCGUACGAGGCAUUCCGCACAAAGGACGGCUCCCUGGUGAUCGGUGCGGUAAACGACAGGCAGUUCCAGAACCUGUGCCAGCUAUUGGGGGACCGAGAUCUGGCGACGGAUCCUCGUUACGUCGAUAACAGUGCCAGGGUCCUGAACCGCAAAGAGCUGAAGCAGGCCCUCGACACUCUCUUCAUGAAAAAGACAACAGGGGAAUGGGAAACCGUGCUUGAAGGGAGCGGCAUGCCGUAUGGGCCGAUCAACACUCUGGAGAACGUCUUUUCCCACCCACAGGCUUUGGCGAGACAUAUGGUGGAGACGGUUGAGCAAGGCGCGGCGGUAGCAGGGACUAUCAAGGUUCUUGGUAUACCAGUCAAGUUUAGCGAGACAAAGCCAUCCAUCAGAGGAGGCCCACCAUCUCUUGGACAACACACAAACCUAAUUCUGCGGGAACUGGGCUAUUCCUCCUCAGCGAUUGCAGACUUGAGGAAUAAUGGUGCGAUCUGA